CAGCUUCACUUCACAGCUCUGCUCCACAGCGAGACUCCACAUCAGAGGACUUCAUCAGGACCGCACACCAUGGACCUGAUCACCAAAACUCUGUUCCUGUGCUCAGCACUCGCCCUCGCUAAUGGAGCGCCUGCACACACGCAGGACGCAGCAGCACACGAUGGAGAAGCCCAUGCUGCUGUGCCAGACCGGUGUGCAGGUAUUGAGUUUGACGCCAUCACUCCUGACGAGAAUGGAAUAACCUUCUUCUUCAAAGGUGCUCACAUGUGGAAGGGUUACCAUGGUCCAGCUCUGCUCUCCAACCAGUCCUUCAAGGAGCUGGAUGACAUCCAUCACAUCGGCCAUGUCGACGCUGCCUUCCGCAUGCACAACCCCGCGAACCAGGACGUGCACGAUCACAUCUAUUUCUUCCUGGACGACAAGGUGUUCAGGUAUUUCAACCACAGUCUGGAGGACGGGUACCCGAAGGAGAUCCAGGAGGAAUUCCCAGGAGUCCCCACUCACCUGGACGCUGCGGUGGAGUGUCCCCAUGGAGAGUGCACCGAAGACUCAGUUCUCUUCAUUAAGGGACAUGACGUGCAUGUUUAUGAUAUUGCCACAAAGACAGUGAAGACCAAGACUUGGGCCCACCUGCCCGUCUGCACCUCUGCUUUACGCUGGAUGGAGGGCCACUACUGUUUCCAUGGACACAACUUCACCAGGUUCAACCCAGUAUCCGGAGAGGUGAGCGGCAACUACCCAAAAGACGCCCGCGACUACUUCAUGAGGUGCGCUGACCACGGUCAUGGAGGUGGCUCUAAAGUCCGGAAAUGCAGUGAGGUAAAAUUGGACGCCAUUACCACUGACGAUGCAGGCAAAACAUAUCUCUUUGCAGGUCCUAUCUACAUGCGUCUGGACACCCAUCGUGACGGCUUUCACGCCUUCUUGAUCACCAGGACGUGGAAGGAGGUGACCGGCGGGGUGGAUGCCGUCUUCUCCUACUCUGACAAAACCUACUUGAUUAAGGACGAUCAGGUUUACAUCUACAAAGCAGGUGUUCCCUACAUCCUGGUGGAAGGCUACCCCAAGACCCUGAAGGAGGAGCUUGGCAUUGAAGGACACGUGGACGCAGCUUUUCACUGUCCCGGUGAACACACCGUUCACGUAAUCCAAGGACAACAUAUGCGUGACGUUGACCUCACUGCCACGCCCAGGGUGGUGACCCGAGACGUGCCCUUGCCCGUGUCCGACAUCGAUGCUGGUUAUUGUGGCUCAGACGGAGUUAAGAUUUUCAAGGGCUCGCAGUUUUACCACUAUGAGAGCCCCAUGAUACUGGCUAUGGGCAAAAUUGCCCCUGAGCUUCAUAAUAUCACCCCAGAAAUGAUGGGAUGUCAGGAAUAGGACUCAGGGAAGAGAGGAUAUUUCACAGUGAUCUGCCACCCCGAAGCAAAAGGAACUAAGUGACAUCUGUCCGUCUCAAAACCAUCUCACUCAUUAAACUCAUAUAUGAGAUUGUGAAAAAUCCUCCUCCCCUGCAAAGUGGAGUUUGAGUUCUUUGGUGAAUAAAAAGAAAAAAUAGAAAAAAGAAAA